CCCCUCGCGCGGUGCGGCGAGGACGGGGUCGCCCUGGGGGCAAACCAGAACCCCCAGCAGUCCAGCCCAGGAGUUCGGUUGUCCUGGGCGUUCAGGCCUCCCUCGGACGGCGCCGCCCCAGAGCUCCCGGCCCGGCGGCGUGCGAGCCCGGGGUGUGCGUCGCGGAGGGCCUCGGGCUGCGGCUCAGUGACUUCUGACAACCCUCGCAGCGCAAGGAGGGGACGGCAGCGACGGUGCCUUCAGCCAGCCCGGCCCGAGAAGCGGAGAUGGAGGUUCCCAAGAAGGAUGAUAUUCUUCUCUUGGCUGAUGAAAAGUUUGACUUUGAUCUCUCAUUGUCUUCUUCAAGUGCCAAUGAAGAUGAUGAAGUCUUUCUUGGACCUGUUGGCCAUAGAGAAAGAUGUAUUGCUGCCAGCUUAGAAUUAAAUCAUCAAAUUCCUGAAGAACCUCCUUUGCCAGCAUCUGAAAGUCACUUCACUUGGAGUCCUCUGACUGGGGAAAAAUUUGUGGAAGUUUAUAAAGAAGCUCACUUACUGGCCUUACAGAUACAAAGCAACAGCAAAACCAAGGCGGCCCCAGCUGCCAAGCUCGAAGACCCUGGGAGCCAGGGAGUGGAAGGGUUCAUACAGGAAUCAAAACUGAAAAUAAACCUCUUUGAGAGAGAAAACGAAGUGAAGAAAAGCCCCAGGGCCCUGAAGAGGGAGACGUACCACCUGUCGGACGGCCUCUUGAGGGGGCCGCCGCUCUGGGGCCCCCAGCGCCCCUCGGGUGCGGCCCUGCUGGCUACUCCUGCCCAGGCGAGCCGCCCCCAGAUGCCGGGGCCACCGCCCGCCCCGUGCUCUGCUUUGCCAGUGGGGCCAAGCGCUGCUCGCCCCCCGGACCAGGCUGGCACUCAGAAAAGGGUCACCAGCAAAUUGCUGCCGCCCCGAGCCUCGUCUCUUAGAGGAGAAAGCGUUUCCUCGGCCCUGGAGAAGCCCAUGAAAGAGAAACCAGCUAGUCCUUCCAGGAUGAAGAGCCUAUGUGAAAAGGAUUCCUACAGCAGCGUGCCCCCUGACAAGCCCCGUGCCGCCCGGGACGUCGCUAGCUUGCCAGCCGGUGGACACCACGUGGUCCAAGGCAAGCGGUCGCUCCUUGUUCCAGACAAGUCUGGGCUGAAGAAAACCAUGUUAAAACCACCUGGAUGUGCUGGCAGUCUUGCAAGAAAGUCCUCCUCAGGGUCCGUCUCGGGAGCGAGUGCCAGCGUGUGUGCCUCUCCAGCGGCCGGCAAAGGUAAGGCCGGCCCUGAGCGCUGUCCAUUCCUGCCAGACUUGUCACAGAACCACUUAGCAGAAGGUUCUGGAAGCCCCGGCGGAGCCCUGCGCUUGGAUAUUCUUCUCUUGGCUGAUGAAAAGUUUGACUUUGAUCUCUCAUUGUCUUCUUCAAGUGCCAAUGAAGAUGAUGAAGUCUUUCUUGGACCUGUUGGCCAUAGAGAAAGAUGUAUUGCUGCCAGCUUAGAAUUAAAUCAUCAAAUUCCUGAAGAACCUCCUUUGCCAGCAUCUGAAAGUCACUUCACUUGGAGUCCUCUGACUGGGGAAAAAUUUGUGGAAGUUUAUAAAGAAGCUCACUUACUGGCCUUACAGAUACAAAGCAACAGCAAAACCAAGGCGGCCCCAGCUGCCAAGCUCGAAGACCCUGGGAGCCAGGGAGUGGAAGGGUUCAUACAGGAAUCAAAACUGAAAAUAAACCUCUUUGAGAGAGAAAACGAAGUGAAGAAAAGCCCCAGGGCCCUGAAGAGGGAGACGUACCACCUGUCGGACGGCCUCUUGAGGGGGCCGCCGCUCUGGGGCCCCCAGCGCCCCUCGGGUGCGGCCCUGCUGGCUACUCCUGCCCAGGCGAGCCGCCCCCAGAUGCCGGGGCCACCGCCCGCCCCGUGCUCUGCUUUGCCAGUGGGGCCAAGCGCUGCUCGCCCCCCGGACCAGGCUGGCACUCAGAAAAGGGUCACCAGCAAAUUGCUGCCGCCCCGAGCCUCGUCUCUUAGAGGAGAAAGCGUUUCCUCGGCCCUGGAGAAGCCCAUGAAAGAGAAACCAGCUAGUCCUUCCAGGAUGAAGAGCCUAUGUGAAAAGGAUUCCUACAGCAGCGUGCCCCCUGACAAGCCCCGUGCCGCCCGGGACGUCGCUAGCUUGCCAGCCGGUGGACACCACGUGGUCCAAGGCAAGCGGUCGCUCCUUGUUCCAGACAAGUCUGGGCUGAAGAAAACCAUGUUAAAACCACCUGGAUGUGCUGGCAGUCUUGCAAGAAAGUCCUCCUCAGGGUCCGUCUCGGGAGCGAGUGCCAGCGUGUGUGCCUCUCCAGCGGCCGGCAAAGCUAAGCCAAGGGAACGUCCAAGCAUUCCUGCGGACAGUUCCCAGUCAAACACCGGCCAGUCGGGCAGAACGGGACUUGUCCUGCCGCGGCUGUGUCUGCAGCCGGGCCCUGCAGGCGUGUCCUGCAGGCAGAGCCAGAGGCCCGGAGUUGCUGAGUCGACAGCGGAGCAGCCCAGGGCGCCCACCAGAGCAGCUCUCAUGCAACCCCGGAGUCCGGGACAGGGAGGCCCGGGGCUGAACUCUCAUCUCAGUUUGUCACAGUCUUCUCAGACGAAUAAGACGGGGAGUACAAGAAGGCGCGAUUCCUGUCUGAAUUCCAAGGCAAAGGUUGUGCCCACCCCUGCCAAUCGAUUUAAAAUUCCUAAGUGUUCUACCGGUGAACCCCUGGACGGUGCGACACCAAAGUCCUGUCGGGCGCAGAGGCCGCAGUCCUGCACGUCGGUGGGGAGGGUUGCUCACAGCACUCCUGCUAGAUGGUCCUCAGCAUCGCAGAGCCUCGUAAGCAGCGUGAGGACCCCUGUGAGCACGGGGCGCAGGUCAGCCCUGCCCACGCCUGCCAGCCGUCGACUCUCCAGCCUGCCCCUGGCGACCCCUAAAACUGUGCCCAGGGCUCUGGCUUCUCCCCUGCGUGUGUCUGCUCGGCGACUUUCUUCCGAGCCCCAGAAAAAAUCUGCGGUGAGAACUGCAUCAGUGAGAGAGGGUGACAGCAGGCCUGCCGCCGGGCCCUCAGACUGGUCCCCGGAUGGGAGCUUUCCUCCUGCGUCUGCUGUGCCGCAGGCACUUAACUUUUCUCCAGAAAAGAGUGAUUUCAUUUUUUCAAAAAGUAUCACCACAGAAGGAGCACUGGACGAAGCACAGCCACCUGAAGCUACAACACCCAGUGAGGCUCUUCUCGUGGAUGUCAAACUGGAUCGACUUAGCAUCACCCUGCGGGCUGCAGCCACAGCCCUGGGCGACCUCCCGCUCAUCGACUUCUGCAAGACUCCGGAGGCGAGCGUGGCUUUGGGGUCUGGAAGUGGGCCCCUGGUUGACCUCCUGACAAACACCCCAGACGCCAACAGGAGGGCUGUGGCCAACCCGCGCCACGAGGUGGGACAGCUCAUAGACUUGGCUUCCCCUCUGAUCCUGCUGAGCCCCGAGGCUGACAAGGAAAACGUGGAGUCACCACUUCUCAAGUUCUGAACGGAAUGAAAUCCUUUGCAUUUCACUCAAAGUUACAAGAACAGUCAGUCCUAAAGUGGUUUUCCACCCUCAGAAAUAAAUUUUAGGAGGAAUUGUAUUGGAAAACUUGAAACACAAAACAGAACCCUAAGUAAAGCUGCCGUGCCUGGAGCGGGGCCGUGGGGUUGGGGGGUGUUUGGCCACCUGAGGUCACUACCGGCCGAUGGCCUCCGUCCUCACGGCCCCGCUCACACGCUGGGAGCAGAGCCACAGUCGCUCCAGGUGAGGAAUUUGUUUUGAACCUUUUGUAUGUAAAAUAGCAAGUGACUAUUUUUAAAAUUAAGUUUGUAUGAAAAGUUAAACAGUCUAGAUUAAGUUAAAUUGUAAAAUAAAUGAAAUGUAUUAAAGCCUGUCUUGACGUUUAAGAAUUACCCGGAUUUUCAAACAUGCAUAGCGAUUUUUAUUACUAAUCAGUAUGCACAAUAUAUAUUAUCCAAACUUUCUUUCUACAAAAGUGAUUUUCAAAAUUCAGUGUGAAGAAAAAUUGGUUAAAUGCAGACCCCAGGCCCCAGUCCUCAGGUCCGGGGCAGGCCUGGUAAUCUGCACUUUGACUGGGCACCCAGGUGAUUCCGAUGAGAUGGGCCAGAGACCACACCUUAAGGGGAGGCUGCUCUAGGGAGGCGGGGUGCGGGAUGGAGAGGGAAGCGUGGGAGAGGAGGGGCUUAUCUGAUACUAAGGUGAUAGGAGGUGUACAAGGGACGGUCCCCUCAGGGGUGCUCGCAGCAGGAGGGGGGCAGGGUCACCGGAAGGCUUACUCCCUGCCUGGAGCUGUUCUAACUUACAUUUGUUAAAAACUAGCUGGCCUGAAAGCCACUAUCCGUAUAGAUCAUUCCUCACAGUCUUAAUUCAGUGGCUUCACAGCCCCCAGUAGAAAAGCUGCUGAUUGGACCGGCUUUGGGGGCUCCCAUCCAGUGUUCCCGGCACGAAACCAGGGAACUCUGUCCCCAGAGGGCUGUGCUUGCACUUUCUCUGGUGAAUGUCGUGAAGGCAAAUCAUCAUUUGGAACGGCGACUCCCGUGGUAUCAAGAGCAGAAAAGAGCGCACCGUGGGUGGCACCGCC